AUGGGUGACCGGGACGUGACUGAGGUAGAAGGGAAUCUUACAAAGUUGCACUCAGAGAUGGACAAAAUCAUUGCACAGGAGAAGAUAAAGUUAGAAGAACUAGAUAAGAUGACAGCAUUACAUAAGCCAGGUUAUGCCGUUGGAAAUGAGCAACCUGAUGAAAGGAUUAUCGAGGAGGACAGGGGUGGUGCUGUGGCUAUUUGUGGUGCUGAUGCUGGUAAUGGUGAUGAGGAUAUGGAGGACCAGAAUCAAGAUGGGAAUGCUAAUGACGAGGAUGAAGAUGAUGAGGACGAGGACUACGACGAUGAAGAUGAUGAUGACUACGACCUUGAAUAUGAUGAGAAUGAGGAAGAUUCAGAAGAUGAAGAUGAUAAGGAUGAGGAAGAUGCAGAAUAUGAAGAUAAAGAUGAUGAACAUGGGAAUGAGGACGAGGGUGAAGCUACUGAAGAUGAUGAUGAAGAUGAUUCUCAAAGCUGGUCUACUGGCUCUGAUGAUGGUGGAGGCUUAAAAGACGGAUCAACUUUUAAGUUUGACUUGGUUAAGAAGAGGGUCUCUACCCUUCACGAGGCACUUAUGAAGGCGGAGGCUUACAUUCAGGCAAUGGAAUUAUGUGAUGUGUAA